AUGCUCGUGGGCUGCGGUGUGCCACGGGCGGAGCCUAAAUCCGUCGGGAGAGGGCUCCCAUGGAGGGCCACGGCUCAGCACCUACAGCAGAGCACCAGGAGCUUUCAGAAAGGCGCGGUAACUCCAGGGGCUGCGCCAGCCGUGACCCCGGGUGCCAUGGAGGGACCGAGGCUUGCCGGGCACGCCCACGCAGCCGCGGGCAGCCCACCGGCCGCUCGCUGUGCCCCUGCCACGGGACACCUCAUGGUGGCAUUUAAAAAGCGGGAGGGUCCUGAAGGGCGCCCCGUGCCCAGCCGUGCCCCCGGAGGGGCAGGACACGGCCCCUGCCGCGACACCGCGGCCACCACCCGUGCCCCGGCGGGCAGCGAGCGGGACCGCCCCGCAGCGAGGGCGGCACGGCGAGGGGGCUCCGCUCCGCCGCGCUGGGGCGUGUGCCACGGCACAGGGGCACGGGCAGGGGCGCUGCCAGCCGGCCCGGGCGUCACGGCCACGUGUGGGGCCGCCACGCAGCCCGUGUCCCGUGUCCCGGGCGGGGGAAGCGGAGCCCCGCGGGGCAGGCCCCGGGCACGGCCGCCCCCGCCCGGCCGCCCCGGCAGAGCGGCCGCCGCCCCCGCUCCCCCGGCGGGGAUUUCGACCCGGCAGCCGGCCGGGCGUGCCGGCACCUCCUCCCCGCGGGGUACGCGGCCGCACCAGACGGCCUCGGGCACCCCUACGGCAGAGCCGCUCCUCGCCCCGGCUCCCCGCGGCCGCUCCGUCCCGCCCGCAGGUGCGCCCGCCGCGGGCGCUGCCCUCCGCCCCGCGAUGUUGCCGGAGCCGGGAACAAACUUUCCGCGCCGGGCCCCUCCCGGUGCCGCCUCCUCCCCGCGGAGCUGCCCCGCUCCCGGAGCUCCCUCGGCCGGCACUCACCCUCGGGCACGGCGGCGGGAGGCGGCCGCGCUGCCCCCGGCGCAGCCCGGCUCCUCCCCGCACCCCGUCCCCCGGCAGAGUCCCGCGGCGCUGCGCUGGCGGACCCACAACUUUCCGUGCGAGCCGCCGCCGUCCGCCCUCCCCUUCUCCUCCCCCUCUUCCCCGCCCCUGGCGGCCCGGCCCAGCCGCGGCCCCUCCCUCGGCCCCAGCGCCCCCUUUGUUGGCCGGGCCAGCGCCGCGGCUCAAGCCCUGGCACGGCUUAGGGCACAGCCAGCAGGAGGGACCAUUCCCCCAGAAGUGGGGAUCGCCCUCCCAGCACCCUCCAGGGUUGGCCAGGGCCACCUCGGCAGGCUGGACACCAGCGGACAUUCCAUACCCCAGCGCAUGCGGAACUACACUGGCUUUCACGUUGUGAAAAGCACUCCGACGGGCCGACAUGCAGCCUUUGAAGGACUUGGAGCUGGAAAAAGGGAAAACAAACCUACACAAAAAACCCCACCAAACCUAAAUGGCAAACAAGAAAGCAACAAAGUCACGAUCCGGGGGCGACAAAGCUACAGGUGCCUGUUGCCCCUGCCCGAGGCUCCACCACCGAGGCUGUGA